CCGCGUCUCGGUAGACGGGAUUUACGUCAGGGUCUGAGAGCACGGAUCAACUGGGCUGGUCGUGUGUGCCUUGGAAUUCCUCUAGCCAGGAACUGCAUCAAAGGUAAAUGCUACGGAAAGGUCUCGCUUUAUUUAACCGCCUUUUCGUCAUAGCUACCCAUCUUCUUUCUAAGCUUCCUCCUAGAGUCCCGAAGCUCAUCUUCUUUUGUCUUCCAAUUCUCAUCGAACUUCUUUCUCUAUCCUGCCUUCCCUACUCCUUAGUGUAUCAACGAAUCCCACACGCAUCACAAAAUGGAUGUUUUUUACUACUACACCUACGGCACUGCAGCAUGGCUGGGUCUCCAGGCCACGCCAUUGCUCGUGUCGCCGACGUUGAUCGUCACUAUGCUGUCUACCGAGGUCCGCGAGCCGACGGUUCUUGAAGCAUACUUUUGUCGCGCUCUCGGCAUGGCCCUCCUGACUGUCGGCGUGCUGACGAUCCUCUUAACGGGCUCAGUGCCAUUGACGUCCAGUUUCUCAGAGACUGCCACAGCAGGAACAAGUACGAAUCCUGAAGAUCCCAAGGCGCCCUACGCGCUACCCACCCUUACAAUUACGGGCUUCUACCACGCCGCUGCCGCAUUUUACGGCUAUACCCGCUGGACUGCCGACGGACAAGCUUCGUAUGCGUUGAGCACCGUCGUGUAUGCCCUUUUCGCAGCUAUUGCGCUCUGGUGUGUGCUGUUUGCAAGUAGCAAUGGUCGAAUCAGCAGAAAGACUGGAGCAGACAAGCGGACGAGUGGGUUUCCCUUCAAGAACAAGGAGGCAGACAAACGAAAGGCAGAACGAAAGGAGCUAUAGAUGUGCACAACGCAAGUCAAAAACCACUAUUGCUGCUUGUCUUGCACCAUCUUUCUGCCCUCAUCCUUUCCUAUUCAUCUCUCUAUAUGGGGUCCCCAGCGUUGAUGCGAAUAAGAGGAGGAGUACAUUGUACUUGAGUAACUCUCCCGGCUUACGAUUGUAUUAGAAAAACACACAUGCAACACAGUAAUCAGCAUUAAAUAGCAUGAAAUGAAGGAGGAAACGGGCCUUUUCGCAGCUCAAAUCAAGCAAAAGUGCAAAGAAUCCUUUUCUU